AGAUCCGUGAAAUAAAGUGAAAAAUAUUUUAUUUAUAUUUUUUUGAAACGAAUUUUUGAAAUGAAAAAUUUUUGUCAAAUCAAAAUCACAUAAAUAAAUCUCUGAGAAAUGUCAACAUAUAAUUUUGAAAAUGAUCCAUUUGCUGAUCCAGCUAUAACAGCUGCAGCUAAUUCUGGACAAAGAAAUUCGGGUAAUAAUGUUUCAGCUGCUGCUGUUGCUGUUGCUUCCGAUGAUUUUGAUUAUAAUCCAUUUGCAAAUCAACCGACAGUCACAACAACCAAUACAAAUGUUGAUCCAUUUUCACCAACAUUAGUAUCUCCACCUGCUACAACAUCGGUAACAUCACCAACGACAGCCAUAUUAAGUCCAACUAAUGUAGCAACACAAAAUGUUAAUUUAUCUUAUAAUAAUAAUCCACAACAAUCAACAACAAAUUCAUCAUCAAACAAUAUAACAGCCGAGCAGCUUAGACAACGUCAAGAAGAAUUGGAUCGUAAAGCGGCGGAAUUGGCCGCAAGAGAAGCCGAACUUCAUCGUGCACAACGUCUCAACAAUGUUCGAGUCAACAAUUUUCCACCAUUGCCAAGUUUUUUUCCAUGUCAACCUUGUUUCUAUCAGGAUAUUAAUAUUGAAAUUGAAAUUAAUUUUCAAAAUAUCGUACGACAAGUCUAUCAAUUAUGGAUGUUCUAUAUCCUGACUUUGUUGGUCAAUCUCAUUGGAUGUUUGUUUGCAUUCAUCGAAGGAAUACCGGGUGGCGCCGGAAUGUUUAGUUUUGCAUUGGUUACUAUCGGAUUGUUUAUACCAUUAUCAUUCAUCUGUUGGUUUAGACCUUUAUACAAAGCUUUCCGGGAUGAUAGUUCAUUCAAUUUUAUGGUUUUCUUUUUUGUUUUUUUCUGUCAAUUGGUCUUGUCAUCGGUUUGGGCAUUGGGCUUCCCGGGCUCUGGUGGAAUUGGCCUAAUUCAAACAUUGAAAUAUUUUUCUACAUCGGGAAUAUCCGGUUGGUUUCGAAUAAUUUGUUUAAUAUGUACUUUUGUUCUAUCCUGUUAUGCUUUGGCAUCAGUUUAUAUUCUAAUCAAGGUACAUGGUAUUUAUCAUAAAAGCGAUCUAAGUAUCCAAAAAGCCCAAGCUGAAUUUACAUCAAGAGUAAUGAGCAAUGAACGUGUACAACAAAUGGCAACGAGUGCCGCUCAACAAGCUGCACGUCAAGCAAUGAAUCAGGCAUUCAAUCCACAACAGCAACAACAACAACAACAAUCUGGAGGUGGUUUUCGUUAUUAGAAUUCUUUAAAAAUGAUAAUUAUGUAAC